AUGGAGGGCAUGCAGGCCAUUCAACGUCAAAUGCUGGAGCAUCGAGAUGAAGAAACAGGGACUGAAUCAGUCCGACAAGCCCCAGCACUUCCAGCCCUUGCAGAGUGGAGUGAUGGGCAAGGCUCGAACGUCGAGCUUCAACGUGGUCUUGCGGAGAAAGAGUUGAUCCUGAAGUCACUUGAGCUUCCUCCGGAGUCAGCCAACCUUGUGGAGGCCGUGCAAAGCCUUCGCAGAUGGUCUCGAUGGAGGAGACGAGGAGGAGAUCUUCAGAUCUCAGAACCUGACCCGUUUUUGCUCUUGAAGGGCCUCAACAGGAUCGUCCGCAAGCCCUUGGAAGCCAACAGAGACCUUAGUUUCAGGAUCAGCUUGGCAAGGUCGAUGGUCGACUCCACUCCAACUUCGACUUCGGUGACUUCCUUUGCGCUCCACUUGGUUGCAGAGUUUGAGCAGGUGGUGCAUCAGGAAACCCCCAAUGCUUCAAAGAAACGAACCGAGCCCGAGAAGGCGAAGGUGUCCAAACUGAAGAAGCUUGAGGCAGAAGGCAGAUCAUCAACAAAGCGGGAGUCGAAGGAGGAGAAGGGGAAGUGCAAGUUCCCCACCUGCCAGGACAGAAAUGAUCAAUCGCCACAGAAGCCAAAGAUUCAGAAGGCCCAGGGGGAGGAGACUUCUUCACCUACGAGCUCUACGAACGGAAAAGAAGAGGAGAUGUCAAGUGAGACUGCAUCCAUGAAGGAAUUGCUGGAACAGGCGAACACCAUGCUCACGUCAUUGACAUCGUCCACUUCAUCUACAUCUUCAAGCACUGCUGCAGGUGCCACCGAGACCAAGGACGAGGCGAUGGAUCGACUUCAACAGCAGCUGAAUCAGCUGAAGUUCAAGGUGUUCAAGAUCAACCAGAUCUCACAUGGCCAACAUCAAGGCUUGAUCGACUCAGGUGCCACACAUCCUCUACGUCCUAUACAGAAGGCAGGCCUGGUGAAUGUGACGCGGCCUACAAAAGAGUUUCUGACUUUGGCUUUGGAUCUGAUAGAAGUGAUGGAGACAGCAGGAGUUCAAAGGAGGAUGAAGAGCGUAAGCUUUCAGAAGGAGAAGAAGUGGAUGGAAGACUUGGCGCAGAGUCAUCCAGUUCUACGAAGCCUUCCACAACGAAUCAAAAGCCGACUGGUCACUGACAUCGGAGAAUGGAAGGACUUGCCUGUCAAUCGGUGCCAACGAAAGCGUUUGCAAAGAGACGGCUUUCUUGUGCACCUCCAUGCGGGAGAAUCUGAAGGGUUCACCUUGUCAAGAGCCUGGAAGCAGCAAGGUGGCAACGAGACUCACCUCUUGGAGAUCGACUUGAAGAGAGGAGGUCACAACAUGUUGCUGGACAGUGGUGUCUAUGCGUGGCUUCUUCGAGCAGUCCUACAAGAUAGAGUUGGUGCAUUCAUCGCUGGUCCAAACUGCAGAACCAGAUCAGUUCUCCGACGCUACCCAAGGGAGAACGCUCCGCAACCAGUUACGGCGUGGGAAGGAGAAGAACAUGGACUGGCUGAUUUAAACCCAGCCGAAAAAGCCCAGGUUGAAGAGGACGAUAUCCUCAUGUGGAGAUUCAUCUUUUUGUGGAUGAUUGCAACAUAUCUACGACAAGCUCGACAAGUUCAAAGGCCAGUUGGUUUUCUUCUGGAGCAGCCUGCGUCACCAAAGCACUACAUGCCACAGUGUGUCUCUUUCUGGGACACCACCGAAUGGCUGAAGUUGAUGGAGGAGUUUGGGUUCUCCGAGGCCACCUUCUGUCAAGGUGUGAUGAACAUGGUGGCCGAAGCGCUUUUGACCCAGAUUGUCAACCGGCAGCCAAGAAUCUCGUCGUCAUGGGAAGAGCAUCUAGGACAUGGACACAUUCCCUUUAGGCGAAAUUGCCUGGUGUGUCAACAAUCUCUACAGAAACAGCCGCCUCACAGAAAGGUGAAGCACCCUCUUGGAGCAGUCCUGUCAAUUGACACUACAGGACCAUUCACCAGAGCCUACGAUGCAGGUGGCUACAAGGUUGCAUACAUCUUGGUCGGCGCUCUCACUUGGACUGUGCCAAAAGACUCCACACUGCGAGAGGAGGAAGUGCCAGAGCCAGAAGGUGAAGCACCAAACUUUGAAGCCAGAAAAGACGAAGAAGUGAUUCCAAGUGAAGAUCAGCCUGAUCAACCACCAGAAGAACCUCAGGGAAUCUUUGAUGACGAAGUUCCAGAAGAAGAGGAGUGUCAAAGGGCCCCAGAUGGUGAGGAAGAAGUUCCAAAGGAAGAAGGCGAGCCAAGACCUGAGGAGAAAGAAGGUGAGGCAGAAAAGAAAGAGGAGUUCGAGACGCGAGUUUUUCGCCUUGCAGCUCCUAUGUUCUCAAAGAAAGCCACUGAAGUCACUCGUGUGGUGAUGGACAUGAUGUUGCGUCUACGAGCUGACAGGUAUCACAUCGGCCACAUUCAGAUCCUGCUUCAAGCACAAGCAGCUCCAACUUGGUGGCCAUGGGCAACGCGACACGUCAACGAGCUGAACCGCGAGCUGCCAGACUUGCAAAGAGCCCUGAUUGGCCUCCUGUUCUCUCCGAGGUCAUGGUCAGAAAGCGAAAGUGGAGAAGGGGACGAAGCACCACGAAUCACAAAACUCAUCAUGAAAGCAGCACAUCUCCCUUUAGCUGAAGAAGAGCUUGAAAUCUUGGCCAAAAUCCGAAAGAUGGCGCCUAUGCCAAAUGAGGAGGAGGAAAUCUUGCAGACACGAAUUGUGUCGUCAAAGGAAGUUUCAGAUCACUGGCAACAAUGGCUUCCAGCAGUCAAAAGCGAGGUUGAAUCUCUUCUCUACGAAAAGCAGGCCUUCCGUGAAAUUGGCCCUCAUGAACUUGCUCAACUACAACAAGAAGCUGAGAAAGCUGGAAAAGGGAUUGAAUACAUCCCAUCCAAACUGGUCUUCACCCGGAAACCAGGCCCUGAUGGAGGCCAAAAAAAGAAGAGGUGGGUAGCCUGCGGCAACUUAGAGCCUCGAAACGAAGAUGAAGACAACUUCAGCUCAGGUGCUGAUGCAGCAGCACUUAGAAUCUUGGUUUGGUGCGCAGCUCUCUUCCAAUGGAGCGCAUCAGUUUUAGAUGUGCGCACGGCAUUUUUGAAUGCCAAAAUGGUUCUCUCAGAGGGUGAGGACGUGAUCCUUGUCAAGCCGCCAGUGCUCCUCACCCAGAAGAAGUACCUUAAGAAGGAAAUGUACUACCUCCCUGAGAAAGCCAUGUCUGGGGAUUGA